CGGAGCAUUGUGGGAAGGCCGGAGGCGGAAACCGCUCGUCCUCCGGCUGUGCGUCCCGGCGGGAGCCGCUCGUCGUUCUCCUUUCCGAGCUGAGGAGCUCAACGCUCCAGAGCCCUUGGUCAAUAUGUACGACGCGGACGAGGAUAUGCAAUAUGAUGAGGAUGAUGACGAAAUCACCCCUGAUUUGUGGCAAGAAGCCUGCUGGAUUGUAAUCAGUUCUUAUUUUGAUGAAAAAGGUUUGGUGAGACAACAGCUGGAUUCUUUUGAUGAGUUUAUUCAGAUGUCUGUCCAAAGAAUUGUGGAGGACGCACCCCCCAUUGACCUGCAGGCUGAAGCUCAGCACGCCAGUGGAGAAGUGGAAGAGCCGCCAAGAUAUUUACUGAAAUUUGAACAAAUUUACCUUUCUAAGCCUACACAUUGGGAAAGAGAUGGUGCCCCUUCGCCAAUGAUGCCAAAUGAAGCGAGACUAAGAAAUCUUACAUAUUCUGCCCCACUGUACGUUGAUAUAACAAAAACAGUCAUUAAAGAGGGUGAAGAACAGCUUCAGACGCAGCAUCAGAAAACGUUUAUAGGGAAGAUUCCAAUCAUGCUGCGGUCGACUUACUGCCUGCUCAAUGGCCUGACUGACCGUGAUCUCUGUGAGCUGAACGAGUGCCCUCUGGACCCUGGCGGCUAUUUCAUUAUUAAUGGAUCAGAAAAGGUUCUGAUUGCUCAAGAGAAAAUGGCAACAAACACAGUCUACGUGUUUGCCAAAAAGGAUUCCAAAUACGCCUAUACUGGGGAGUGCCGCUCGUGUCUGGAAAACUCUUCCCGACCUACCAGCACUAUAUGGGUUAGCAUGCUGGCAAGAGGAGGCCAGGGUGCAAAAAAGAGUGCUAUUGGCCAGCGCAUUGUAGCAACUCUGCCCUACAUCAAGCAAGAAGUUCCUAUCAUCAUUGUGUUCAGAGCAUUAGGUUUUGUGUCCGAUAGAGAUAUUUUAGAGCAUAUUAUUUAUGACUUUGAAGACCCAGAGAUGAUGGAAAUGGUUAAGCCUUCUCUGGAUGAAGCUUUUGUCAUCCAGGAGCAGAACGUCGCAUUAAAUUUCAUUGGCUCAAGAGGGGCCAAGCCUGGAGUCACAAAGGAGAAGAGGAUUAAAUAUGCAAAAGAAGUCUUGCAGAAGGAGAUGCUCCCCCAUGUUGGCGUCAGCGAUUUUUGUGAGACCAAAAAAGCCUAUUUCCUGGGGUACAUGGUGCACAGGCUACUUCUAGCCGCGCUGGGCAGGAGAGAGCUGGAUGACCGAGAUCACUAUGGGAACAAGAGACUGGACCUGGCCGGGCCGCUGCUGGCCUUCUUGUUCAGAGGUAUGUUUAAGAAUUUGCUGAAAGAAGUGCGAAUCUACGCGCAGAAGUUUAUUGAUCGAGGAAAGGACUUUAACUUGGAGUUGGCAAUUAAAACAAGGAUUAUAUCUGAUGGUCUAAAAUAUUCUCUGGCUACCGGGAACUGGGGUGACCAAAAGAAAGCUCAUCAAGCCAGAGCUGGCGUGUCUCAGGUGUUAAACCGCCUGACUUUUGCAUCUACUCUUUCUCACCUGCGUCGUUUAAACUCCCCCAUUGGGAGAGAUGGCAAGCUCGCGAAGCCAAGACAGUUGCAUAAUACGUUGUGGGGAAUGGUGUGUCCUGCUGAGACCCCAGAGGGCCAUGCCGUAGGACUCGUGAAGAAUCUAGCCCUGAUGGCUUAUAUUUCAGUUGGAUCUCAGCCUUCCCCAAUUCUGGAGUUUUUAGAAGAAUGGAGCAUGGAGAAUUUGGAAGAAAUUUCUCCUGCAGCCAUUGCUGAUGCAACGAAGAUUUUCGUUAAUGGCUGCUGGGUUGGAAUACAUAAGGACCCCGAGCAGCUCAUGAACACGCUGAGGAAACUGCGGCGCCAGAUGGACAUCAUUGUGUCUGAGGUUUCUAUGAUCAGAGAUAUUCGAGAGAGGGAAAUUCGAAUCUACACAGAUGCAGGUCGUAUUUGUAGACCACUUCUGAUUGUGGAAAAACAAAAGCUACUUUUGAAGAAGAGACAUAUUGACCAACUGAAAGAGAGAGAAUAUAACAACUACAGUUGGCAGGAUCUGGUGGCCAGCGGGGUCGUGGAGUACAUCGAUACCCUAGAAGAAGAAACAGUGAUGCUUGCGAUGACUCCCGAUGACUUACAGGAGAAGGAAGUGGCUUACUGUUCCACAUACACCCACUGUGAGAUCCACCCGUCCAUGAUCCUCGGCGUCUGCGCGUCCAUCAUCCCCUUCCCCGAUCACAACCAGUCCCCUAGAAAUACAUACCAAUCUGCUAUGGGGAAGCAGGCUAUGGGAGUUUACAUCACCAACUUCCACGUUCGCAUGGACACCCUGGCCCAUGUUCUUUAUUAUCCUCAAAAACCCCUGGUGACGACGCGCUCUAUGGAAUACCUACGAUUUAGAGAGCUGCCAGCAGGUAUCAAUUCAAUCGUAGCCAUUGCAUCAUACACUGGCUAUAACCAAGAAGAUUCUGUGAUCAUGAACCGCUCAGCUGUAGACCGAGGCUUUUUCAGGUCUGUUUUCUACCGUUCAUACAAAGAACAGGAGUCCAAAAAAGGAUUUGAUCAAGAGGAAGUGUUUGAGAAGCCUACACGGGAAACUUGCCAGGGUAUGAGACAUGCAAUUUAUGAUAAGCUGGAUGAUGAUGGCUUGAUAGCCCCAGGGGUUCGUGUAUCUGGAGAUGAUGUUAUCAUAGGGAAAACCGUCACCUUGCCUGAAAAUGAAGAUGAACUGGAGAGCACUAACAGGCGUUACACCAAAAGAGACUGCAGCACUUUCCUCAGAACCAGUGAGACGGGCAUUGUGGACCAGGUUAUGGUAACUCUCAACCAGGAAGGAUAUAAAUUUUGUAAAAUUAGGGUGCGCUCUGUCAGAAUUCCACAGAUUGGAGACAAAUUUGCCAGUCGACAUGGUCAGAAGGGAACCUGUGGUAUUCAGUAUAGACAGGAGGACAUGCCUUUUACCUGUGAAGGAAUCACACCUGAUAUCAUCAUCAAUCCCCAUGCCAUCCCCUCUCGAAUGACUAUUGGCCACUUGAUUGAAUGUCUUCAAGGGAAGGUGUCAGCUAACAAGGGCGAGAUCGGUGAUGCCACUCCAUUUAAUGAUGCUGUCAACGUGCAGAAGAUCUCCAACCUGUUAUCUGACUAUGGUUACCACCUCAGAGGAAAUGAGGUCCUCUAUAAUGGAUUUACUGGUCGAAAAAUCACGUCACAGAUUUUUAUUGGCCCCACUUAUUACCAGCGUUUGAAGCAUAUGGUGGAUGACAAAAUUCAUUCUCGUGCUAGGGGACCUAUUCAGAUCCUUAAUAGACAGCCCAUGGAGGGACGAUCUCGUGACGGUGGCCUGCGUUUUGGAGAAAUGGAGCGAGAUUGUCAGAUUGCCCAUGGUGCAGCCCAGUUUUUAAGAGAAAGGUUGUUUGAGGCAUCAGACCCGUAUCAGGUUCAUGUCUGCAAUCUUUGUGGAAUAAUGGCGAUCGCCAAUACCAGGACCCAUACAUACGAGUGCAGGGGCUGCCGCAAUAAAACCCAGAUUUCUUUGGUGCGAAUGCCGUAUGCAUGCAAACUGUUGUUUCAGGAGCUCAUGUCCAUGAGUAUUGCACCCCGAAUGAUGAGUGUUUAAUUCUUUUAAAGGAUCUCAACAAGAUGUUUGUAAAUAUCUUAUUUCUGUGAUAUGGCUUUUAAAAAAGUGACAAACCAUACUGUAUUGUGAUAAACAUUUUAUUUGUUUUGUUUAAACAUAUGCAUGCUUUUCCUUCUGUAAAUAAACAAUAAAUUUUUGUAGAUAGUC